CAUUGUGCUGGCUGGUACUUUCACCCUCCUCCCAUCCCACCUCCUUUUCCUCUCCACUCGCCUCUCGCUGUCUCCCAUCACUGGGAGAUCAAUCUGGGAGUGGCAGGAAGGAGGAAAGGAUAACAAGGAAGAUAGAGGUGAAGCAGCUCAUCAAGGAUUUAAAUAAUAUUUACGCCACAUCCUUUCCUUUACGACAGCAGCAUGGCUGAAGGUUCAGUGACCAUAGCAGAGGUGGAAACCUCCUUUCAUAAGUUCGCCAUCCAUGGAGACACCAAAGCCACGGGAAAGGAGAUGAACGGUAAAAACUUUGCUAAACUUUGCAAAGACUGCCACAUCAUCGAUGGAAAGAAUGUCACCACCACGGAUGUUGAUAUUGUUUUCAGCAAAGUCAAGGCAAAGUCGGCUCGUGUAAUCACAUUUGAACAGUUCAUCCAGGCCAUCACUGAGCUGUCUGUGAAGCGUUUUAAAGGCAAGAGCAAAGACGAGGCACUUCAGCUGAUCUACGGUCUCAUUGUUGGGAAGGAACCCACCAAUGCUGGCAUUACAAAAGUAGCAAAGGCGGCAGCAGUGGAUCGGCUGACUGACACAGCCAAGUACACAGGUUCACACAAGGAGCGCUUUGAUGAGUCUGGCAAAGGCAAAGGAAAGGCUGGACGUGAGGACAUCCCAGACAGCAGCGGAUAUGUGGCAGCUUACAAGGGCAGCGGCUCUUAUGAUGACAAAGUGAAAAAUGCAUAGCUAUGCUGAAUAAUAAAUGACCCUGUAUACUAACAAUUUCCAUUAAUAAUAAUAUAAAAAUAGAGUUGAAGUUAGAGGGUGUACAGCAUGGAGGCAUAAUGGUAUAAUAAUGUAUAUUUUCUGUUAUUUAUAGGGACAAAAGGGAAAAAUAGUCUUUAGCUUUGCAGCAGAACUACACUUUGCAUUAUUUCCAUGUGCCUUGUCAUGCAGCUACUUAUGUACAUGCUCUGAUACACUGCACUGUUAUGCUACUGAUGCAAUAAUAAUAUCUGACUAAAUUUCAACAGGUGACUCCACACAGUUAACUGUUAUUUAACUUGCUACGCUAAGCUUUAGCUGGAAAAUCCCUGCUCACAAUGAUGGCUAUUAUGGAAACCGAUUGUUACAAAUUAGAUUUAUAUUUUAUUUUUUAUUACACAGAGACAAACUUUAUACAUAAAAAUUACAACAGUAUAUUUACAUUCUGUAUUUUUAUUUCACAAUUUUGGGAUGUUAUGACAAUGUCUUGUUUUUUGUCAUGUUUUUGUUUUCAGGCUAAUUUAAUAAACAAUGUACUACAAUAUGUAACUAAUGCAAUAUUUACCAUUUACCAUGAUUUUGAAUUAAAAUAUGCAUGUAUGUUUUCCCCUUUCA